AUGAGUCGGUUUGAUAACGCAGUGCAUAAACAAGUGAUGAGGAGAAGGAUUUAUCGGAUUUGUUACGUCGACUACAUGGCUUUAGUCUAUUGUGCGCAUCACAGAUUGAUUGAUACGGGGACUUCUGAGAAAUGACAUUUCAGACGUUUCGUCGUGUAGUUUGAUCCUGGCUUCAUCAUAUGUGACAGAAUAUUACAUAGUAACUAAUGAUGAUUCACGCAUGCCUGAACAUGCCCGAAUUUUGUUUUCCCUUUGUGUUGAUAUGAUUUAUCUUGACAUUUUACACCAGUUUUGUUUUAUUUUCUUUUAAAGCUUUGGUCUAUGCAUUGUAUUAUAUAAUUGUAAUCUUUUUUUACAUCCAUCAUCAUAAUGCACGUUCCAGUUCCACCUUCCCCCAUGAAACCAGCUGUGGCCCCAUCAGUACAGCUGGGUGUCACGGUUCUUUACACUUGUCUUUAUGGGGGUCUGUUUUUAGUUGUAUACGUUCAGCUUUGGUUGCUGUUACUCUACCGGCAUAAGCGAUGGAGUUACCAGAGUAUUUUUCUUUUUCUUUGCCUGUUCUGGGCAGCGCUUCGCACAACGCUCUUCUCGUUUUAUUUUCAUAAUGCCCUUGCGGCCAACCACCUGCCCACUCCAGUCUACUGGCUCUUUUAUUGUUUCCCAGUGUGCUUGCAGUUCUUUACCCUGAGUCUCUUCAACCUUUACUUCACUCAGGAGUUGCUCAAAGUUAGAAGCGUAUUCAGCAUUGAGCCCAGGAAAGCACUAUGGGUGGCACGGUGUGUGUAUGCCACCAUGAGCGUCAUCUUCCUGUGUGUCAAUAUAGUUUGCGCAAGCCUCGGACAGCAUGGCGCUUCCGGUGGAGCUAGUGAAAACACGUGGAGCCUGGUUCUGGUUCGGGUGCUGGUUAAUGACCUACUGUUCAUUCUGGAAGCUGUGUGUCUGGCCACAUCUCUGCUCCUCUUAACUCGAUCCUCGCACCCUACCACUCCUUAUAUACGCAGCAAGGGGCUUUGUCGGACUGCGGUGCUGGGGGCAGGUGUCAUCUUGCUCUUCUCUAGCAGGGCGUGCUACAAUCUUGCUGUGCUGCUUUUGUCUCAGAAUCAUAAAGUGGAGGCCUUUGAUUAUGACUGGUACAACAUCUCUGAUCAGGAAGCAUCUGUACUUCUGAAGUUGCACCUUGACUUUUUAAAGCUGACCAGUUAGACUAGAUGCUUGUGAUAAAAGGAACCAGUUGGCGGUUUUUCUAUAAGGAGUUAUUACCACAUUUACCUUUUCAUCAUUUAUAAGGGUAACCUUAAAAUGUAUUAACAUAUUAUUUUUGUGCAGGAUGAUGAUAUUCUAUUUUAAGUGGUGCAUACGGAAGCAAUACUUUUGGUACUAACCUUGUGCUCUGAUAUUUGUCAGUUUAUUUGAAUAAAAAACUAAUUU